GGCCGGCUCUAGGCCAGAAAAUCGGAAAAUCGCUACUUAGUUUUCCCCAACUUCGGCUCGCAACCACCGCCCACCGCCCGCCCACCAUACACCAUUCCGCCGGUCAACGCACCAACGAGAAAACCGUAAGAGGAGGUCAUGGCCCUGCCCUCGAUCUCCACGCUGCUAGGCGUGGCAUUCCUGGCGUACAUCGGCCACUCCAUCUAUCAGAUGUCGCAGCUCUUCAACACGCUGCAGUGCAGCGGUGUGCCGUGCUACACAUCAUUCCUGGCGGACCGGCCACGCCUACAGCUGGCAUUGUUCUCCUCCCUGAGCAGAAGUCCCAUUGCCUCCGAGGUGCGGGAUCUGUACAAGGCCAAGCGGUUCGACUACGAUCAGAGCUUUGAGCACGACUUCGAAGUGGAUGUGCCGCUGAAGACGCGCCGCAAUGGCUCCCUGUACUUUCAUGUGGUCUUGGCCCUGGAGGGAGAGCCACUGGAAUGGCGGAGCCUGCGCAGAGAUGGACCCACCGUUGUCCAUACGAUGAGUCUCACGGAUUACAUGGUGCCGCGAGCGGAGGCCUUCAAUCUGCUUGGAGAUUCCGAGAAAGGAGCAGCGGCCGAUGUCCAUGUGAAGAAAAAGAAGGAAGCUUCCACCUCCGGACGUCCCAGCACUCACAUCCGAUCAAAUAUUUAUGUCACCCUGCUCACCGAUCUCUUUUCCGUGUCGCAAGCGGAUGUCCCGCCGGAAAUGGCACCGUUGAUACGUGUUAAUCGCAAUCAGCAGAUCCUGCCCAUCCUGCAGACUGAUACAUUUAAUACGCGGCUAAAGGAUCUAGUGCCCGUCACCCGCAAUACCACCGAAUUCACCUUCAGCUUCCACUACAAGCCCGUGGGUGUGGGCAAGCUCCGGCUAAUGCUGCUCAUGGAACACGCUACACAGGCGCUGCUUACCAUUGGAUUUGCCACCAAGGACAUCGACGAGGUGAAGGGCAUCUUCUCGGACACCAAUGUGUACUUGCUGUGUGGCACCAUCUUUGUGUCCAGUAUCCAUAUGCUCUUCGACUUUUUGAGCUUUAAGAACGACGUGGCCUUUUGGCGCAAAAAGCGGUCGUACGAGGGGCUAUCAAGCCGCACCACAAUGUGGCGAGCAUUUUCGCAGAUCGUUAUCUUUUUCUAUCUGCUGGACGAGAAUACCUCGUAUCUGGUUCUUGUGCCCGUUGGCCUGGGCACGCUCAUUGAGCUGUGGAAGUGCAAGAAAAUCCUGCGUCUCGAGCUUAGCUUCAGCGGCCUGAUACAACGCAAGCUGGAGCAAGUUGACCGGCGGAAUGGCAACAAAUCGGAUGUACAGUCCGGUCAGCUGGCGGAGGAGCAGAAGACCGAUCAAUUCGACAGGCAGGGCAUGCGGUAUCUGAGCUAUCUGCUGUAUCCGCUUUGCAUAUGCGGAGCGGUCUAUUCGCUCAUCUACCAGCCGCACCGCUCCUGGUACUCCUGGACACUCAACUCGCUGGUGAACGGAGUGUACGCCUUUGGCUUUCUGUUUAUGUUGCCGCAACUGUUCGUUAACUAUAAGCUGAAGUCCGUGGCCGCAUUGCCGUGGCGUGCAUUUAUGUACAAGGCAUUCAACACCUUCAUCGACGACUUCUUUGCCUUCAUCAUCACCAUGCCCACUGCCCAUCGGGUGGCCUGUCUGCGCGAUGAUAUUGUGUUUAUUAUCUAUUUGUACCAGCGCUGGCUGUAUCCGGUGGACAAGAGUCGUCUGGACACGGGUCUGGCCAUUGCCGAGACCUCGGAUACGGCCAACAGCUCAUCCGCAUCUGCUGCCAAUCGCAAAAAGCGAAAUUGAUCCUAUAUCAGCAAAAGAUGCAAAGGUUGCACAUGUCGCCUAAAGCUUCAGGUCUAGCCCGUGUCGUAGUAAACCGCGUCCGUCUUUAGUUUAGUAGUGAUAUUAAUCCUGUGUUGUAGACUCAACUGUUUAAAACCUGUGCGUAAAUGGUUAAGUUAAUUGGCAGCGGCCUCAACUGAAAAUGCAUUUUAUACAAUUUUAAACCAACAAGCACCAUAAGAUUGCAAAACUAUGGAAUUUACUAAACCACUUAAUUUUAAAGUAUAAACUAAGAAAUAAUGUGAAACGACUUAAACGCUGGCCUUUCACAUUCUUGGAUUGGUCAGCUUAAAAGCCAAAUGGUACACUUUACAAUAAUAUAUCCAAAUGUAGAUAAAAGCGUAUUUUAGAAACAAUCAGUUAACAUGAAAUCGUAAUGGAAAACCUACAAGUGAUCCUAAUAUCUCAAUUAACCAACACAAAAUGCAUUUUAUAAAAUUUAAAGGGAACCCAAAAGCAUCAAAAGGCUGCUAAACAUAUAGAGCAUCAAAUGAAAUCACACGUAAUAAACAAUAAACUAGAGUGUUUUAAAAAGUUAA